CACAUCCCCAUCCACUUGAAACAAACAGAAAAAGGCUUUAGCUUCCUUGCUUGUGCUCCCAUUAUCAUCCCCUUGUACAACCAAAUCUCCUUUGGACCUUGCUUGACUCUAAAAAAGAACAACUACGGCUUGCUACUGCAACAUCUAUAUAUUCACACUACCCACCACACAUAUCAUACCUCUCUUCCUCCUCUCUCUCAUCAUGUCUGCCAGACCUUCAAGCCACCACUUUGGAUCAAACAGCUCAACAUCAUCAUCUCGCUCAUCAUCAUCGUCCUCUUCCGACUCGGGUUACAGACACAGCAUGGACGCAAUUGCUCUCCCCAUCGCCUCGGUCGAGGUUGUUCGCUGCAUGCGAUGCGCUCGCUCCGUCGAGACCACAUCUACCGACGACGUCAGCACAAUGGGCAUGGUCCGCAUCGCCCAUAACCUCUACUACUGCGAACGUUGCGCAAAGAUGGUCGGCUACAAAUAAAUGAAUAGCGUCGACCCGUGGCAGCAAAAGGCUUGAAAACGAGUUUCGAAAACAAACAGCACACGAUUAGUUUACCUUCGGACACUGGCUUCCAGCUUCUUUAUUUUCUUCUUUCUUGGUGGAGGGAAACAAAUCAUCAACCAUCAACACACAGCAUUAUUGCGACAAAUCAUCUCUUGGACGUCAAGGCAAAGGAUGGAUGGACUACGGCCUCAACACUGCCGCAUCAACGACAUCCCGCCCGCACCCUCCGUCAUGGAACUUGAGCAGUCUUCUAUGGUUGCUCAAGCCCAAGAGAACACAGCCUAUUUAUCGCCGCCAAAGCAGAUGUAUACACGAUCACAACCUGCACCUGGACGAUAAAAACAUCAGGCAUACUCUUUGACGCAAAACCCUCCCCCUCCCACGAUACCAAUCAACAGCCACGACCCCUCCCAUUCCUCGUCACGAUUGCGAGACCGUUUAGGAACCCUAAAAAGGGAACUCUGUCCAAGGGCUCAGGGCAUUUGAGUGAUUGGGCGCGGCGUGUCCGGGAUCAACAACGGGACCCCCGUCAGCUCCCGGAUCAGCACAGCCUACCAGCUUUCUUGGCUGGUGCUGGUGCAGAUUUGGAGCACAUCACACCCAGAUCAGAUCAGAUCAACACAACACCCUUAAGAAAAUGGGAGCGAGCACAUCACUGCCUCUUGUGAAACACCACUGGAAAGCUUGGUUCGCUUCUUAUUUCUUUUGUCUUUCUUCUUUUAUGACCACACUUUUUAUUCUUCAUCAUCAUUCUUAACGACUUUGAUGUCAUCAUCAUCAUCAUGUAUAUGGAGUUUUCUUUGGGAUGGGAAUUGUAACAUUUCUUAUUAUAUACCUAGGGAUACCCUCUGUUUUUUGUAUCUGGCGGGCGCAUUACUUGGAAAGAAAGGGUUUUUGUUGUAUCAUCAUCAAUAUGUAUGUAUCGUCGUGGAAUUGAGAACACGCAGAGAGACCAUGGCCUGGUGCCUGGCAAAUGCCGAUUGGACAGUUU